AUGGCUACAAAAUCCACACCAGUUAAGGACUCGGAGCUCCAAUCCUCCCUCCGCCAACUCUCUCUCAACGACGAAGGCUCUAUCAAGGAUAUCUCUCGCCCAGCCCAAGAUCCCAAGCCAAAGCCCUCCGAUGUGAGAAGAACGAAGAAGAAGGUCGAAGAGGUCGCAGACUCCUGGGAAGAUGAAGCCGAUUCCGACGCGGAAUCUGGACCACCCACCCCUACAGCUCCUACAAGCUCAAGCACCCAGAAGACGACGAAGCUAGAUACUGGGUUGGAUAAUGAUAAUGAGAACGACCAAGAAGGACCCCGUGAUCCCCCACCAACCCCGAUCUCCCCGCAGACAUCUCAGCCGCAACAACAGUCCUGGCCCGCGCCAGGUGCUCCCGUCCCCGCAUAUGGAAACCCCUCUGGCGCAUCGCCGCGAUCCGCAGGUCCAGCGCGUCGACCUGAGAAGCAGACUGCUGUAGCGGGACGGAUGAUUGCUGGAGCGUUAGGGAUUCGGGCGCCAAAGAGGACGGAGGAGCAGAGGGCGUAUGACCGGUCUGUGAAGGAGCAGGAAAUUAGGAGGAGGAAUCGCGAGAGGGAGGAGGCUGCUAAGGCGAGGGAGGAGGAGGAGAGGGCGAAGGUUGCAGUUUGGGAUGACUGA